UUUACGUGACCAGAGGCCGUCUUGUCUGUUGCACUUUGCUCGUCUCGCUCCAGUAAAUGCGACUUAAGCGAAAGGGGGACUGGUUAUCAGCGGAGGAAAGGCUCGAAAGGAGAUGCAGAUGAGCAUUCCGGAGGUUUUGCAAAUUGCAUUAGAAAAGUGGAAUAUUUAACCCACAAUGAAGAGCACUUGCAUUUGCUGCUCAGUGGAAUAUGUGGCAGUAAAAGAGGAAGGAGGAAAUUCUGGUGAAACUUCAGAAACGCCAAAGAAUAGGACAUCACAGAGGAUGGGAAGAGGAUACAAGAUUGAGGACAGUGGUACUGAAGAGGAUAUUGGAGAUGGGCAGGAGGAUAUUGAAGCUACUGCUGAUCAGGAACCUAGAGUUACACUAGCAGAUACAGAAAAAGAGAAUGUAGCUGGGAGUUCAGGGAAAGCUUGUAGUUCCGUCCCUACAGAGGAGGAGCCGCCUGAGAAGCUACAACUAUUGAUGCAAUAUAUGAUAGAUAUGGAUGCCUGUCAAAAAGAAGAGGAGACUGCCAAGGUCGGGAGUUGUGUAGAGGACAUGCUUACGAUGGACGUGGACUGUGAUGUACAUCUAGAUGGACCGAAGAUGGGAGAAGACACCAGCCUGUUUGUUAAGGCAAAGGUGAGGAACGAGAAGAUGGAAGAUGAAACGGCUGCAUCCGAAAACCUUAGUGAGGUGGAAAGUAGUCAACAGGAUCAAGAAGUGGAAGGGGCAGGCUGUCAGAGUACAGAGAGAGUGCACCUUGGAACUGAAGAAAGCCCGGACGAAACAAUAAACUUGGAAGAUGAGGGUGUUCCUAAAGAAGCAGCUAAGAAAGAGCCCACAUUUGUAGAGGGAGGUGAUCAGAAUAAGAGCUCCACUGAAGAUGAAAAAGGUGCUAAGAAUGGGGCGGAAGAGAAAGGUCAAUCCUGCAAUAGUAGCACUUCAGGCAAUGCUGGCAAGAACCUUUGGGUGAGCGAAUUGUCUGCAGCAACCAGAGCUACUGACCUGAAGAACCUCUUUAGUGAAUAUGGCAAGGUGGUGUGUGCCAAAGUGGUAACUGAUGCCCAUAAUCCUGGUGCCCGAUGCUACGGGUUUAUAACUAUGUCAACACUCAAAGAGGCAGCAGAAUGCAUCAGUUUCUUAAAUCACUCUGAGCUAAGUGGACAAAUCAUCACUGUGGAAAUGGCUUCAAAUGAAUCUGGCAGUAAGAAACAUUCAGUUCUGAAGGGAGGAGAUAUGAAGAAGGACUGCAAAUCAACUUUCACUCGUAAAACAGGAAAUGAUAGACGACAUUCUCGAGAGAAAUCAUCUGCUAGCAGAAAGGGGGAUGAUAGGAAAGAUGGCCAAGAAGAUUCCAGGAAGACGGAUGAUAAAAGAGAUAGAAAGAGGGGAAAGUAUGGACAUCGACAUAGAUCUUCACAUUCAAGGGAAUCUAGAAGAAGAAGUCGAGAUUCAGAUAGGAGGAGAAGUAGAGAUAGGGUGAGAAGAUCAGAGAGCAGGAGGAGAUCUCGCAGCAGAGACGGGCGAAGAGACGUCGUAUCGUUCGAGAAACUCAUUGCGCUAAGACAGCGGAAGCGGCAAUGGGACCACAAAAGGGAACUGUGGGAAAUCGAAAGGCAGAGAGAACGUGGAGCGUGGGAGCAAGAAAGCCGUCGGGAGCAGGAAUCUCGAGAUCUGCUGGAAAGGGAACGGGAGCGCCUGCAGCUUGAGAGGAUGCGCCUUGAAAGGGAGAGAAUGGAGCGAGAGGCACUGGAGAGAGAGCGAUUGCUGAUAGAAGGGGAGAGGAGGAGAGAACAGGAGCGAAUUUACCGGGAAAAGGAAGAGUUAUUCCGUGAGAUGUGCUUCGAUCGAACUCUAAAAAGACCUUGUAAUGAUGUUAGGUACGGCCAGGGUUGGAACAAUAAUCAAUGCUGGAAGAUGGAGGGAUUUCCUGAUCAUUCGCAGCAAGGCGGCAUGGAAGUAGGAAUAAUGGGCAGGGAUUAUUGGAAAGGUGGUGACAGAGGCAUGCACAGCCAGUCUGGGCAGGACUUUAUGAUGCAGAGAAGAGCUGGAAUUCCUAAUCAAGGAAACUUCAUCCAAGGGGGUUAUCAGCAUGGCCCUAAUCCACUUGAUAACCGUUCAGGCCAGAUGAUGCCAGGAAUAAAUAGAUCAGGAGGAAAUCCUUCAGGAGGUUACCGGUGUCCGUAUUAAAUAUGUAUAUAUUUUGAUGCUUUUUUUUUAUUAUUAUUAGCUGUGUUUCAAAGCCAAGUAAUAGUUUGUUCUGUGUUUGUGUUUCCAUGAUUGUUCCUGCAUUAGCUUCUCACUAUUCUUCGUGGCCGUACUGCACCCAAUUGAUCUAAUUAGGCUUUCCAGGACCCUAUCCCGCGUGAAGGGUGCUAUAUAAUUGCAAGCUGUUGUUGUUGAUCUGCAACUACAUUUCUGAUGGUUUUCAGUCUCCACUGAUGGAAUUGGGGCAUUUGUUGAGGAAAACUUUUGUUAAGAAAACUGAAGCUGAAUUUAAAUUUUUAUCGUAUCCCCCCCCUCGGCACCAAUUUUCAGAUUAUUUCUUGCUCAGACGCCUCCUGCUGCCGCAUUUGGUUAGUUGCAGCUUUAUAGGCAAUACAGUAACUAAUGGACCUGCUAAUUAAUGGGCACCCUGACAAUAGGAAUGUUUAAAGAUAUUUGCCUGAGGAGACUCAGUAUCUUUGUGAACUCAAAGUGGUAAUUUCUCGGAUUCUCUGCGAUGUGAGAGCCAGUUUUAAGAUGGCGGUUGGCACAUUGUAAUAUUUUUGUUUUAAAACUCAAGUCAAGUUGAGUACCUUAACCUAUACGAUGGAUAGUGCAUACAUUUAGGUGUAUGUGUGUAUACAUAUAUAUAUAAUAUAGCAACAACAACAAA